AUGGGCUUAAUCGAAGCUCAUGACAAGCAUUUAAAUCUUAAUCGGGAGUUUGUGAAGAUAUUAGAAGGUACUGCAAUUAGUGGUAAUUAAAUAAUGCAAUGGUGGAUAACACUAUUUUUGCCUAAAAUAGGUAAAAGAUAACAAAAUAGAUGUUGUAAAGAUCAUAGAUGGAGUAAAAAGUUUAGGAUUAGCAAAUGGAAAUAUAGCAUGUAGAGAGGAAUUAUAUUAAUCUUGAAGACAAUAGUGAUAUAGUAUUAACUUUCUGUACUAGCGCAGGAGAAUUAAAAGUUAGAUUAUAUACUAAUACAAAAGUAUAAAUCUAGUAAAAGUAGAAGUUAUGGAUAAAGAGACACUAUCAAGGUUAAAAGAUCCCAAUGAAAAAUAGGUGUUAACUGUUCGCUAGGAGCGAUAUCAGCAAAUGAAGUCAAGCAAGGAUUCUUUGUCAGAGCUGGAGAAUUUCAAAUCCCUGAAGUAAUACAUGCGUAUCAAAAUCCUCAAGAAGAAGAGAAGAAAGGAAAUGAUGAACAAUGGCAGAAUCUUGCAAAACAGCAGCAAAAACAAAAAAUCUCUAGAAGAAGGCAAGGAGGGAAAUGA